AUGGCAAAUGUCGGAAAUGGUACGAAAGACGACUGGAAACUGACUCUGCUCAGCCCUGUACUAGCUGCAGUCUACACAAUCAUCGCCUGCCUUGCUGUGCUCGGUAACGGCAUGGUCAUCACCGUUAUGCUGCUCAGACGACGGGUGUUCAGCUCCUUCACAAAUCGUCUCAUCCUGCACCAGUCAGUCAUUGACUCUCUUGCAGGAGUCUUGUAUUUCUUGCAACGUGCCGUUAUAAAUACCCACGAAAUGUCAGUAUCCACCGAGGGCACCUUAAAGGAUCAACUUAUUUGUCGCUUGCUAUUACAAGAUUUCGCACCUUUGAUCGUCAGUGUGACAUCCACGUAUAACCUCGUUAUGAUAUCUGUGGAGCGGUUUAUGGCGACUUGCCACCCGGUGAGGCAUCGCAAUACCUGGACCAAAGCCAAGCUGAAGUUUGCCGUAGGAAUUCCUUGGUGUAUCGGCUUUAUAUAUAGCUCACACUUCAUGUUUGUAGCUGAAGCCCAUCAGGGACGUUGUCGACCGACAGAUAUGGUUAGAGGUUUGAAGAUUGUGCAAGGUUCAGUGGUAAUUGGUAUUGAAUACUUAGUGCCAAUAACCAUUUUGAUCUAUACAUACAGCCGGAUAAUUAUCACCCUAACCAAGAAAUCUGCUAAUCCAAGGAACGCUCCUCGGAAUGUCAUUAAUAAAGCUAAGAAGAACGUCCUCGUUACAAUGCUGCUGAUCGGCAGUUUGUUUGUGGUCUGCUGGACACCACCGAUAGUCUUGUACAUUUAUGAACAAUUUUCAGAAGAGGGAUUGAUGUUGCAAUAUUCGAUAACAAUAUUGUUAGCCUGCAACGCGUUCGUCAACCCGAUCAUUUACUGCUUCAAGUACGAGCAUUUUCGGUCGGAGUUGAGAAACCUGGUCAUCGGAAGAUGCCGAAGAAACCAAGUCCAUGACCGGGCUGCUGCUGCCCCAAGAAUUAUCAAUGAACCGUAA